AUGUGGCGCCUGUUUUACCUGAUAGCUGCCGUAUCGGCACAAAUCCCUUCGCUGGGAUUUUGUCCUGACUACCAGCCCAUGGAAGACUUCAACAUAAACCGUUUCCUGGGCACCUGGUACGAGGCGGAACGCUACUUCUCUGUGAGCGAGCUCGGUACCCGCUGCGUCACCACUAAGUACGAGAGUACGCCAGAGGGCAGGAUUAUCGUGUCCAAUGAAAUCAUCAAUUCGAUGACUGGAAUGAAGAGAGUCUUGGACGGUUACCUGCAGAUGAUCGGUCGGGAUGGCGAGGGACGUAUGAUCGUUAAGUACGCGGCGCUUCCUGUGCCGUAUGACACAGAGUUUAGUGUGCUUGACACAGACUACAAUAGUUAUGCCGUGAUGUGGUCGUGCAGUGGCAUCGGACCUAUGCAUAUUCAAAGCGCAUGGGUGUUGACGCGCGAAAGACUCGCGCCAGCUCUGACUUUGCAAAAGGCGUAUGCAGCAUUGGAAAAAUUCAAAGUGUCCAGAGCUUUCUUUGUAAAGACCAAUCAAGCAGACUGCUACAUUCUGCCUGAACCAGCUGCGUAUGCUGAGUUCAAAGAAGCUGGAAUCUCAGAAAUAUCUGGAAAGCACGCCAGCAUGGUCCCUGUUCCUUCUGCUUCAAAAACUGAGGCCGUUGUGGAGGUACCUACAAAAAAUAAAGUAGAGCCUGAAGUCAAGCCGGAAAUCCCCAUAAUAAAGUCUAUUAUUCCUGAAUCUAUUGAGGAGUUGAAAACAGAAAUAAAGGAAUCUGAAUCUGUGAAAAAGGAAGAAAAAAUAGAAAUUCCAGAGAAGCCAGCUAAUAUUAAAAAAGAUAUGCCCGAUAUGAAGGAAUCAAGUGCGUCCAAGGUACAGGAUAUACCUAAACCUGUACAAUAA